CUUGGUCAUGGCAAAUUUCUACAAAGAAGAUGGAGUUUCAACAUCCAUUUCAGAAACGCCCCCUACUCAUUACACAAUCAAAAUUCAGUCACUUUCUCUUCUAAAGAAGAACAAUAUUGAGAAAUACACCUCUCCUUAUUUUGAAGCCGGCGGAUAUAAAUGGAAAUUGGUGUUUCAUCAAAAUGGAAACAAAAGCAAGAAUAAAGCAGGGAAGCAUGUUUCUGUGUAUCUGAUGAUGGCGGAUGCAACCUCACUAGCACCUGCAGGUUGGGAGGUCCAUGUUGGUUUUCGGCUGUUUUUGCUUGAUCACAACAAUGACAACUACUUGGUCCUCCAAGAUACAUUUACUGGAAAGGGAAGAAGAUUCCAUGCUAUGAAGGUGGAAUGGGGAUUUGAUCGAUUCAUGAGUCAAGAAGCUUUCAACAAUCCAGAAAAUGGGUAUGUUGUAGAUGACACGUGUGUCUUAGGAGCAGAGGUAUAUGUCCGUCAAGAAAAGUUCCGAGGUAGACAAGACUGUCUCUCCAUGGUGAAAGACCCCAUUAGCUAUAAGCACACCUGGAAGAUCGACAAGUUCUCUGCUCUUACUGCAGAUUGUGUAGACUCUAAGACCUUCAUGGUAGCAGAACAAAAAUGGAAGAUACAGGUAUACCCCAAGGGCAAAGGGAGUGGUACAGGCAACCAUCUAUCACUAUACUUGGCAUUGGCAGAACCAACCAGCCUUUCUCAGGGUAGUCAAAUAUAUGCAGAUUUUACAAUGCGUAUCCUUGAUCAAGUUAAUGCCCAACAUGACUUAGGCAAAGCCAACUAUUGGUUCAGUGGAUCACAGACGGUUUGCGGAUGGCCAAGAUUUAUAUCAAUUGGGUAUUUCAGUUUGCCAGGAGCCGGCUUUCUGGUCAGGGACACUUGUGUUAUAGAGGCUGAAGUCACUGUGCAUGGGGCUACUACUAAUAAAAUUAUGCUCUAAUUAGUACAAAGAAUUUGAUCAUGACAGCAAUUAUUGUUGAGAGAAUAUUUUCUCUACUGUUUGGACAGUCCAGAUAGAAGAACAUUGAAGUCAUAAGUCUCAUUCUGACAAAUUGAUCUGCCUGUAUCAAUCAUGCCAAUUUGGCAUGCCAUGCUAGUCCUGGUGUUCUUUCUCAUACAAGUAAUGCAAAUGAACUACUACUAUUUGGAAUUUAAGCCCAUUAUUUCUCCGUU